CGGGCGGCGGGCGGCGGCGGGCGGCGGGCGCAGCCGGAGGCGGCGCGGCGGCGGCGGCGGCGGCGCGCGGGGCCCGCGGCGGCGAGGGGCGGAAGAUGGCGGACGUGCUCAGCGUCCUGCGACAGUACAACAUCCAGAAGAAGGAGAUCGUGGUGAAGGGGGACGAAGUCAUCUUCGGCGAGUUCUCCUGGCCCAAGAACGUGAAGACCAACUAUGUGGUCUGGGGGACUGGAAAGGAAGGCCAACCCAGAGAAUACUACACAUUGGAUUCUAUAUUAUUUCUACUUAACAAUGUGCACCUUUCUCAUCCUGUUUAUGUCCGACGUGCAGCCACUGAAAAUAUUCCUGUGGUUAGAAGACCUGACCGAAAAGAUCUACUUGGAUAUCUCAACGGUGAAGCAUCAACUUCGGCAAGUAUAGACAGAAGUGCCCCUCUAGAAAUUGGUCUUCAGAGAUCUACUCAAGUCAAACGAGCUGCAGAUGAAGUUUUAGCAGAAGCAAAGAAACCGAGAAUUGAGGAUGAAGAGUGUGUGCGCCUUGAUAAGGAGAGGCUGGCGGCUCGCUUGGAGGGUCACAAGGAAGGGAUUGUACAGACUGAACAGAUCAGGUCUUUGUCUGAAGCUAUGUCAGUGGAAAAAAUUGCUGCAAUUAAAGCCAAAAUUAUGGCUAAGAAAAGAUCUACCAUCAAGACUGACUUAGAUGAUGACAUAACUGCUCUGAAACAGCGGAGUUUUGUGGACGCCGAGGUGGACGUGACCCGAGACAUCGUCAGCAGAGAGAGAGUGUGGCGGACACGGACCACCAUCUUACAGAGCACGGGAAAGAACUUUUCCAAGAAUAUUUUUGCAAUUCUUCAGUCGGUGAAAGCCAGAGAGGAAGGGCGUGCCCCCGAGCAGCGGCCGGCCCCAAACGCGGCGCCCGUGGAUCCCACACUGCGUACCAAGCAGCCUGUCCCAGCCGCCUACAACAGAUACGACCAGGAACGGUUCAAAGGGAAAGAAGAAACGGAAGGCUUCAAGAUCGACACGAUGGGCACCUACCACGGCAUGACUCUGAAGUCCGUGACGGAGGGCGCCUCGGCCCGGAAGACGCAGACCCCCGCAGCACAGCCGGUGCCCCGGCCAGUUUCUCAAGCAAGACCCCCCCCUAAUCAGAAGAAAGGAUCUCGAACACCCAUCAUCAUCAUCCCUGCGGCCACCACUUCUUUGAUAACCAUGCUGAACGCGAAGGACCUUCUGCAGGACCUGAGAUUCGUCCCGUCAGACGAGAAGAAGAAACAGGGCUGUCAGCGAGAGAACGAGACGCUGAUACAGAGGCGGCGAGACCAGGUGCAGCCGGGGGGCGCCGCGCUCAGCGUCACGGUUCCCUACAGAGUCGUGGACCAGCCCCUGAAGCUCACGCCUCAGGACUGGGACCGGGUUGUGGCUGUUUUCGUGCAGGGUCCCGCCUGGCAGUUCAAGGGUUGGCCGUGGCUUUUGCCUGAUGGAUCACCAGUUGACAUAUUUGCUAAAAUUAAAGCCUUCCAUCUCAAAUAUGAUGAAGCUCGUCUCGAUCCAAACGUGCAGAAGUGGGACGUGACGGUAUUGGAACUCAGCUACCACAAGCGGCACUUGGACAGACCUGUUUUCUUACGGUUCUGGGAAACGCUGGACAGGUACAUGGUGAAGCAUAAGUCCCACUUGCGAUUCUGAUUCCGUGGCUCCCUCUGGGGUCUGGAUGGAGCAGCGCGGCCCCGCCGGGGCUGAAGGCGGGCUCAGACUCAGCUUGAUGAAUUUAUCAGAAACUGGCAAUGAGAAAGGUCACAGACGGAGCGACACGCCUCGUUCGACGCUUUCAUGCUCCGAAGGGAUGAUGCCUGACAUUCAUAUAAGCAGCCGUUCUGGCCUACAACUAUUUUUUUAAUAUUAGCCUUCUAGUCUGUAAUGGAAAUUGUAUAUUUUGAUAGAAGUUUUUUCUUCAUUGGUUAAACUAGCAUUACUUAAAAUGUGUUUCUUUAGCAAAUAAAUACAGGUUGUUGAUGUGUGUAUAUUUAGAGGUGAUAAGGCUCUCAGCCAUUCUGCUUCUGAGUUUCAUUGCUCUAUGAUUCCUCUACUGAAAAUACUGUGUUACGAAUGGUAUUAAAUUUUAGUUUCUGGAACUUGCAGAACCAAGCAAAGGGAUGUGACUAUUUUGAAUGAGUCAGAAUGUCAACCUGUAUGUACACCAUGUCUGUACUUACUCUUUAUGUGGAAAGGAAUAAUGAAAAUCAAGAACAGUUCUUCGGCUGUGGUUGAACUGUUCAGCCUUUUCCGGACUUCUUCACUUUUACUGGAUCCAUUUAAUGAAUGUACAUUCUUCUCACUGACUUUGGUGAUUUUAAAACCUAGAAGGAUAUAUUUCUAUCUGUGAUAUCUUUCCACUUGAAAAAUCUCAAAACACAGACUGAAAACCCAGUAGGCUACAGUACUUUUUAUUUUGGGAGCCAGAGUAUGACUUGGGGGAAGGACAUGUAUUAGUCCUACUGCAGUGUAGUUUGAACUUCCUGUCUUUUCUCCUAAAUCCACCUCUGAUUCUUAACUGGCAGGAUAUGGGAUUUUGAGUCUUCUGUUUCUAGGCAUGUUGACCCUGGAGUCCUUACCUUCCAUUAUCCCUAAAUAUUGUUAAAUUCUCCCAGGCACCAAAGAACACAUUUGCUUAAGUAAGUGUCUGAACAGAAACAAGAUAAAAACACUGGUAUUUUUAUGUGCGUAUUCAAUAUCGUAUGAAAUAUAAAACCUAUAUUUUAACUUAGUAAAAUAUUUUACUACUUCUCUACUUUAGACAGAGUGUUGCAUCCAUGGUACAAUGAAUGAGCAUUUCCUUUGAGUCUUAAUUUCACCUUUUACUACUUAAAAGCAACUUGCAACCAUUAUUUCCCUAAAGAGUUGUUACCAUUAAAAUCGUUGCUGAU